GUCACCGGGGUACGCGACCGGGCUCACCCGGCAAGACCGCGGCGUCGUUGAGGAAGCGGAGCGCGAGCUCUGCGCCAGACACCGUCUCCGCCCAAGCUAGCUUUGCAAAGACACUUGCAGCCGUCGGAUUGAAUUUGGACAUCGGAUACGGGGUCUUAAGUCACGCCAUCUUCGUCCCACCCGGCUCCGGCCUUCGAUCCUCCAUUUCCCCAACACCGCCGAGAGACAGCAGCCGGCGGCGACAGACAAAUCGAUUCGAACGCGAGCAGCCGGCGGCGAUGGCGUGGCGGGCGAGCCUGUCCCGCAGCGUGAAGGAGAUCCGCGUCCUCUUCUGCCAGUCCUCCCCCGCCAGCGCCGCCGCCCGGGAGUUCGUGAAGAAGAACUACGGGGACAUCAAGUCCCGCAACCCCUCCCUCCCCUUCCUCGUCCGCGAGUGCUCCGGCGUCCAGCCCCAGCUCUGGGCGCGCUAUGAAAUGGGUGUGGAGAGAUGCGUGAACUUGGAUGGCCUGACGGAAGCGCAGAUUGAUAAGAAGCUCGAGGAGCUCGCAAAGGCUGGAGAGUCUGCCAACGCGAAGUGAUGUUGGGAAGUUCCACAACCUCUCGUCAUGAUGUUCACAAAUAAGUGAAACUUUAGCAGUGGUUUUCCUGCUGUCAUGACUUCUGUGCUAAGAAUGAAAUGAAGUCUUGGAUUUGUAUUAACUUUUUGCAAGAAACGUAGACUGCUAUUCACUUGUUUGCCGCACAUUCUUCUCAUGUUUAUCAGUUUAUGCAUAUUUCAUUGGUUCACCGGUAUCCGUAUACUGCAUA